AUGGGAGCACCAAUGUCCCCACCUGCCACCAUCUCUCAGCAACUGCACGCACUUGACAAAUACUAUCUCGGGCACGUACCCCCUACCGUCCACGCUUAUAUUCGGUUUAGCCUGCGGAUGCUGCUGUUUGCCAGCGUUAUCAAAGGAGCAUUUAACGUCUCCUUUCUUCGUCCGAAUGACAAGCGUGAAGGGCUGGUGCUGCGAAGCCCACCACACAGAAACGACGGAGACAGCAGGGCAGCACGAAAGCCAUCAGGCGUGCCUAAAGCCGGGGACAGCCGCGGUUCCGCCUGCUUGGCACAUUUUAAGGGGUUUCGCAUGCGGGCUCUCAGCGUGGCCAAGCACUCGGAAUUUCAUGCGCAUCGACAAAGUCGCUCCAGCUUUGCGAACCGCGCACAGCAAACAUCCACCACGAAGCCGCGGCGGCACCUCGAACGCCAGCCUCUCGGUGCUCGCCAGACCCACCGGCAAGCUCCGGGACGCGCAGCACGGGCCAGCCACACCCACAGAGGAAGGCAAAACCCAGGCGGCGGCGCCACACGCGGCUACAGCCUCCCCAUCCCUAGCCGUGGACGGCCGCGCCUCGCGCCCUCCCGUCGACAGCCGCCGGGAUCGCGCCGGGCGGCGGAGGGGCGGGGAGAGCUAGGCGCGCGCGGCCCGCGCCAGCCGCUCCCUCGCGAGAGGUGCAGGCCUCCUCCUCCUCCUCCUCCUCCUCCUCCGCCACCGCCCCACGCGCCCCGCCCCGCCCCCGCGCGCCGCAGCUCCGCCUCGCUGCUGGGCUCCGGGCGGGCCGGCGGGCGCGGAGCGCUGCUAGCAGCCAUGAUGCAGGAAGGCUCGGACGACGGCCCAGAUUUUCUGUCGGAGGAGGACCGAGGUCUUAGACAAAUAAAUGUAGAUCUCCAGACUGAUGCUGCUCUGCAAGUGGAUAUCUCAGACGCGCUCAGUGAGAGGGACAAAGUGAAAUUCACUGUCCAUACAAAGAGUUCCUUACCAAAUUUCAAGCAAAAUGAAUUUUCUGUUGUCCGGCAACAUGAAGAGUUUAUUUGGCUUCAUGAUUCUUUUGUUGAGAAUGAGGACUACGCUGGCUAUAUUAUUCCACCAGCACCCCCCAGGCCUGACUUUGAUGCCUCAAGGGAGAAAUUGCAGAAACUUGGGGAAGGGGAAGGAUCAAUGACGAAAGAAGAAUUCACCAAGAUGAAACAAGAACUGGAAGCUGAGUAUUUGGCAAUUUUCAAGAAGACAGUUGCAAUGCAUGAAGUGUUUUUGUGUCGCGUGGCAGCACAUCCUAUUUUGAGAAAGGAUUUAAAUUUCCAUGUGUUCUUGGAAUAUAAUCAGGAUCUGAGUGUUCGUGGGAAAAACAAGAAAGAGAAACUUGAAGACUUCUUUAAGAACAUGGUUAAAUCAGCAGAUGGUGUCAUUGUUUCAGGAGUAAAGGAUGUGGAUGACUUCUUUGAACAUGAAAGAACAUUCCUCGUAGAAUACCACAACCGAGUCAAAGAUGCCUCUGCCAAAUCUGAUAAAAUGACAAGAUCACAUAAAAGUGUGGCAGAUGACUAUAAUAGAAUUGGUUCUUCAUUAUAUGCAUUAGGAACACAGGACUCCACAGAUAUAUGCAAGUUUUUUCUGAAGGUAUCAGAGUUAUUUGACAAAACGAGGAAAAUAGAGGCCCGGGUGUCUGCUGAUGAAGAUCUUAAGCUUUCUGAUCUUCUGAAAUACUACCUAAGGGAAUCUCAAGCUGCUAAGGAUCUCCUAUAUAGAAGAUCUAGGUCACUAGUGGAUUAUGAAAAUGCUAAUAAGGCAUUGGAUAAAGCAAGAGCAAAGAACAAAGAUGUGUUACAAGCUGAAACUACUCAGCAAAUAUGCUGUCAGAAGUUUGAGAAGAUUUCUGAAUCAGCAAAACAAGAACUGAUAGACUUUAAGACAAGAAGAGUUGCAGCAUUCAGGAAAAAUCUGGUGGAACUAGCAGAACUGGAAUUAAAGCACGCUAAGGGUAACUUACAGCUGCUGCAGAGCUGCCUGGCAGUGUUAAAUGGUGACACAUAAGCUACGCUCUGUCCUCCCACUAACAAGG